UACGCGUGUUGCACAUCUUCCAACAUGGCUGCCAUUGGAGUUCAUUUCGGAUAUACCUGCGCUUGUGUUGCGAUAUUUAAGGAUGGGCGUGCUGAUGUGGUGGCUAAUGAUGCAGGAGACAGAGUGACUCCAGCUGUGGUGGGCUACAGAGAGACUGAGCAGAUUGUAGGCAUUGCAGCAAAGCAAGGACGGGUACGCAACGCUGCCAACACAGUUGUCAAAGUGAAACAAGUGCUGGGCAGAAGCUUUGAUGAUCCAGAGACGCAAACUCACAAAACAGAGAACAAGUGUCAGCUGGUCAACAGACAAGACAAGCUUCAUUAUGAGAUCACAGCAGGAGAUCGCCCAGUUUAUGUGGUUCCACAUGAUGUCGCAAAACUCAUCCUUCAUAAAAUGAAAGAAACGGCUCAGUCAGCUCUGGGCUCUGAUGUCAACGAGGCGGUCAUUACCGUGCCCUUCGAGUUUGCACAUGCUCAGAAGCGUGCUUUGAGGGAGGCUGCUGAAGCUGCUGGGUUUCAUGUUCUGAGGCUAAUCCACGAGCCUGCUGCUGCUCUGUUGGCAUAUAACAUUGGACAGGACUGUUCUGCUGGAAAGAGCCAUGUCCUGGUGUAUAAGCUGGGUGGGACGUCUCUGAGUGUGACAGUGCUGGAAGUCAACGGAGGAAUGUUCCGGGUUCUGGACACCCUCACUGACCACAGCAUCGGAGGAGAAAAGAUCACUGAGGUUUUGGCUCAGCACCUGGCAGCCGAAUUUAAACGCACCUUCAAGCACGAUCUGAGCAACAAUACUCGGGCGAUGAUGAAGCUGAUGAUUGGAGCAGACAUGGCCAAGCACAAUCUCUCCUCACUGAGCACAGCCAACUGCUUUGUGGACUCCCUGCACGACGGCAUCGACUUUGAAUGCAACAUCUCGCGAGCUCGAUUUGAGCUGCUCUGCGCGUCACUCUUCAACAAGAGCAUCCAGCCAAUCAAAGCCCUGAUGGAGAAGGUGGGACUCUCCAACAGCGACAUUAACCAGGUGGUUAUCUGCGGCGGCUCAGCCAGGAUCCCUCGCCUCCAGCAGAUGAUCCGCGACAUGUUUCCUGAUGUGGAGAUGCUCAACUCAGCGCCUCCUGAUGAGGUCAUCGCUGUGGGAGCGGCUCUGGAAGCGGGCUUACUAGUCGGCAAAGAAGGCCUCGCCCCCGAGGAAGAGACUGUCACAGUGGACGUUUCUGCCACUGAUAUUCUAGUGAAGGAGGUGGAUGAAUCCGGAGCGGAGGUGUUCACUGUUCUGCUCCCAUCGGGCACUCCCCUCCCCGCCCGCAGACAACACGUCCUGACUGGAGGGGGGGAACUCUCCUCCGUGAGUCUGGAGAUUUACCAGAGAAGUCUCAAGGAGCAGCCAGAAAAAAUAGCAAAGAUCGUCUUGAGGAACCUGCAGCCCAAAGAGGAUAAACACGACAUCGACACCGUGGUAACCAUGAAAAGGGACGGCUCCGUCCAUGUGUCCUGUGUAGAACAGAGCAGCGGGAGACCAGAGGUCGUCACCAUAGCAGCCGCAUCAUGAAGCUGCUCACCAGCACACACUCAGUGCAAUGAUUAGUUUUGUUUUUCUUACCUAAUAAACAUAAUGAAUCCCAAACUA